GCAGGGGUUUCAGUUUCUGGCGCGAACUUCCGCCGUCCCGAAGUUGCAGGGCAGCUCGGCGCGAUGUCCGGAGACAGCAGCGGCCGCCGGUCCGAGGGCCGGGGCCGGGGCCGCGACCCGCACCGGGAUCGCACCCGCUCCCGCUCGCGGUCCCCGCUGUCGCCUGUGUCCCGCCGCGGCGCCGCGCCCGAGCGCAGGGAGGCCCCGGAGCGCCCGAGCUUGGAGGAGACGGAGCCGUCGGAUUCCGGGGAUGAGCUGAUGGACCCGGCGAGCUUGGAGGCGGAGACCGACCACGGCCUGUGCCGCCAGAUCCGCCAUCAGUACCGGGCGCUAAUCAACUCGGUCCAACAAAACCGGGAGGAUAUAUUGAAUGCCAGUGACAAGUUAACACAGGUCCUUGAAGAGGCCAACACUCUGUUUAAUGGAGUGUCCCGAGCAAGAGAAGCAGUCCUAGAUGCCCAUUUUCUUGUCCUGGCUUCAGAUUUGGGCAAAGAGAAGGCCAAGCAGCUGCGUUCUGAUCUGAACUCGUUUGAUAUGUUAAGAUAUGUUGAAACUCUACUGACACAUAUGGGAGUAAAUCCGCUAGAAGCUGAAGAACUCGUCCGUGAUGAAGACAGUUCUGACUUUGAAUUCAUAGUCUAUGACUCCUGGAAAAUAUCAGGCAAAACAGCAGAAAACACCUUUAAUAAAACCCAUACAUUCCACUUUCUGUUGGGUUCAAUCCAAGGAGAGGGCCCUGUGCCAAAGCCACGAAUCGAUCGCCCAAAGAAAGCUCGUAUGAUAGAAGAGAAGCAGGCAAUGCCUGCCGAGUUAAAAAGAAUGGAACAAUCUCAUCAAGAAGCAACAGAAAAAGAAGUAGAAAGGAUCUUGGGAUUGUUGCAAACAUACUUUCAAGAAGAUCCCGAUACGCCCAUGUCCUUCUUUGACUUUGUGGUUGAUCCACAUUCCUUCCCCCGCACAGUGGAAAACAUCUUUCAUGUCUCUUUUAUCAUCAGGGAUGGCUUUGCAAGAAUACGACUUGACCAAGAUCGACUACCAGUAAUAGAGCCUGUUAAUAUUAACGAAAGUGAUGGAAUUGACCAAAACACUCAAAUUCGGAAUCAAGCAGUCCUAGCUUUGAGUUACCGCGAGUGGGAGGAGAUUGUGAAGACCUUUGAGAUCUCGGAGGCUGUGAUUACUUCAGGGCAAAGCCGAUAGAGGCUGAGUGCUUGGCGUCAGCUGAAGGACUCAAGUGGAUACUGAAAUCCAAAAAGGAAAGCAGCAUGUAUUGUAUAUAUUGUAUGAUUAAACAUUUUUAAAGACUGUUUUUAAGUAAAAUGUAGCUUUUGAUAGUUGAUGAAUUUGUCAUGCUUGUUUUUGAUUAAAGGAAAUUCACUGCCAUAUUCACAAA